AUGUCCUCCCGCAAGCCGGUCAUAACGACCAACGUUCCGGCCUUCGCCAAUGCGCCCCCAGCCGGCAUCUACGACGGCAAUGGGACCUUCUCCAACUAUGUCCUCGCCGGCCUCGUCUUAACCGUCCCAUUCUUCGUCAAGCGCAUCCUGCCCCUCGUCUCACGCGGGGGGUUCAAGACCUACCUCUUCGUCGCUUUAUUGACGGGCCUGCCUGUGACGGUCGCGUACUGGACGAUUAUGAGUAUGAUCGGUGGACGCAAGAAUGAGAGGGUGCAACUGCCGGGGAAGAAUAUCGAGGAGUACAUCGAUAUUAAGGAUGCGGAGUUGAAGAAGGUUUAUCACGGGCGGGAGAAGAUCCCCAUGCAGGUCUUCUACGACGCGUACUUCGAGGGCAAGAUCGACUUCAAGGGCGACGUCCUCGAGGCGAUGGAGAACCGACACGACUUUACGAAGAUGACCUUCACGCUCGAACUAUUCCGCCACGUCCUCCUCAAGCUCGUCCCGGACAUCAUCUUCCACACCCAGCACCAGGACGAGGAGCAGAUCCGCGACAACUACGACCGAGGCGACGACUUUUACGGCUGGUUCCUCGGCCCGCGUAUGAUCUACACCUCUGGUAUCCGCACCUCCCUCACCGAGCCCCAAAACCUCGAACAACUCCAGGACAACAAGCUCACCAUCGUCUGCGAGAAGCUCAACCUCCAGCCCACCGACCGCCUCCUCGACAUCGGCUGUGGCUGGGGCACCCUCGUGGCGUUCGCCAACAAGAACUACGGCUGCGACGCGACGGGUGUGACGCUUGCGCAGAAGCAGGCUGCGUUUGGAAACCAGAGGAUCAAGGAUAACGGGUGCGAUACGGAUAAGGCUAGGAUCCUGUGCAAGGACUACCGCGAUAUCCCCGGUGGGCCUGGGACUUUCACCAAGAUCGUAUCGCUCGAGAUGGCCGAGCACGUCGGAUUGCGCCGGUACGAUACCUUCCUCCGCCAAGUCUAUGACCUCCUCGACGACGACGGCACCUUCGUCUUCCAAGUCGCCGGCCUGCGCCCGCACUGGCAAUACGAAGACCUGAUCUGGGGAAUCUUCAUGAACAAAUACAUUUUCCCCGGCGCCGACGCUUCGGCCUCUUUGGGCUGGGUCGUGAACCACCUCGAGGGCUGCGGAUGGGAGGUCAAGAACAUCGACGUCUUGGGCGUGCAUUACUCGGCUACCAUUUACCACUGGUACCUCAACUGGGUCAGCAAUAGGGAGAAGGUCGUGGAGGCGUAUGGGGAGUGGUGGUACAGGAACUGGGUGUUCUUCCUUGCGUGGAGCGUGAUCAUCUCGAGGAAUGGGGGCAGCUCGGUGUUCCAGUUUACGCUGCACAAGAACUUGAACUCGUACCCGCGUAUCUUGGGCGUCGAGAACCACUCGUCGAUCAAGGUUACGCCCAAGGUUCAGAUCCAGCCGAUCUUAUAG